CGGCCGUGGUAGCCGCCCCUGGAUUGCGGACGAUGGUGAUAGCUACAAUUUGGGCGCGUUCGAUCAAACGAACGGUCCGUGGCCGAUCCGGCAACCGUUACCACUGCCGAAGUGGUCCACCCGCUCGGUCACCCCGUUCGUGGUGGACAAGCUGUGGCAGUACGAGGACCUGGUCGGUCUGAUUGAGACGAAGCUGCAGCGAAUGCUCGAGGAGACGCACUACAACACGGCGAACAAUUUUGUGGAUUUUUACAGGGCCUACCGGGCCGCUCACCGUCACGGCCGCGGUGAGCUGAAGCAACACUUCCAACACUAUACCAUCCCGAUCAACCGUCGGCACCAUAUGUGCGUUAGUUUGGGAAUGGAAAUAGUCGCAAGAAUCGCAGAACAUCAUCCGGACAUUGCACGUCUGUUCUAUCUGGUAUCGUGCGAGGAAGCGUUAGACGAGUCGGAUUCGUACAUACAGCACUGCGAGGAGAAUGGCAUCGAGUAUGCGGGGUCCACGCUCGAGAAGGAACACGCUAUGGUAGCGAUGAAGAUCGUGGUCGGCGGACGGGAAGGAGUGCUACUACUCGAUCCUGGCUACCACGUGGCACGUGCCGUCACCGUUAUGAAGGACCAAAAGUACCCGCACACCGGCUGGUUCACGCAGUCUGAUGAACCGCACUGCAAGCGCGAAUAUAGCUACGCACUGCACGAAGAAAGCAGUGACUACGUCACCUGGACCGAGCGCAUGACACGUGGUGGAAAGCAACAGUACGAACAGUCGCUGGUGUACAUUGCACGACCGUACCGUACGGCAAUCGAUGUAACCGUGCGACGUAACCUGGUGUACAACUUCCGCUCACUGUUGGCCCGUGACGCUAAGGGGCGAGUGUGUGCCGGACUGUACUUCCCGGUCGUACCGAAUCCACACGAUGCGCAGGUGACACUGUUUUACGACAACGCUAACGCUGCACAGGUGAAGCAGAAGUUCAUGUUCUCCCUGUUCAAUGAUCCGGAAAAGAUUCCUGACCCGGUACUGGCCCAUCUGCAAAAUUUGGCCCCCCAGUUGCGCAUGAAGCUCGGCGACCUGAUCGAUCUGAUGGUCGAUCUGGCCCGUUCCGUACACGACGUCGAGUUCGUGCAGCAGGUGCUCGAGAUUAACAACAACAUCAACGAGCUGUCGGCAGAUAAUUAAAGCUAUAAUUAUGCAUUUUUCCCUUCUACUUCUUUACUACAAUUCCCUACC